AUGAUCAUGUUUGACGCCAAAAAGCAGGCUUUCGAUCUUGGUGACGCCGGUGCCCGAAGCACCGCAAACUACCCUGCGCUGGGGUGUGAUUGCCUUGGAAUGAUCAAGUACUUUGGCGGGUGGCUUAACAACGAGGACGGUGAGCCAGUUGAGGCAGGAAACGUCAUCUGUCUCCAUGAGCAAGACGGCGGUAUUGGGUGGAAGCACACAAACCAUCGCACACAGGGUGUGGCCAUCACGAGGGCAAGAAACCUCAUAUUCCAAAGCAUCCUGACGGUAGGAAACUAUGAGUACAUCUUCGGGUGGAUCUUUUGGCAAAGCGGCAACAUCGAGAUGGAGACGCGCGCGACUGGCAUUCUCUCAACCUCGCUGAUCGACCCCGGCAAGACAUCUGAAUGGGGCAUUGUCGUUUCGCCUGGUGUCUUGGCCGCAAAUCACCAGCAUCUAUUCUCGCUCCGUGUCGAUCCUAUGCUUGACGGGCACAACAACUCCCUGAUUCAGGAAAAGUCAAUCCCAGUGCCACAAUCAGAGGAUGAGAACUCUCACGGAAACGCAUGGCGCGUGGUCAAGACACCCUUUGCGAAGUCAGGAUUUGCCGACGCCUCCCCCUUUACCAACCGCUGCUUCAAGAUUGUCAACGAGUCUGUGCGCAACCCCGUCUCAGGCAACCCGGUCGGCUUCAAGCUCGUACCGCAGCCAUGCCAGUUACUUCUCGCAGGCCAGAACUCUGUUGUCCGCAAGAGGGCUCGCUUUGCAGAGCACUACAUGUGGGUAGCCUGCUACCGAGAUGGCGACUUAUGGGCGGGCGGUAGGUGGACGAAUCAGUCACUCCAAGAGACCGAUGGCGUUGCGGACUACGCAUCCAGGGAUGAAGACGUGCGGGAUCAGGAUAUUGUGAUUUGGCAUACAUUUGGCAUGACCCAUAACCCGAGAGUGAGGGAUUUCCCGGUCAUGCCUGUGGACGUUUAG